AUGACAGACACGGUGGACAGUCAGUGCGCGCCUGACCAAACACAACAACCACUGCAACAAAUUCAUUCGAAGCCGGUGGCUGUCCAGACCAAGUGGAGCCGGACCAAGUGGCCAAAAAUAAGUAUUGGGUGCAAAACUUCGAACGGGACAGGUGUUGCGUUAGCUUGUGAUGGCACUCCUUUGAAUUCUUCUAUGAGAGAUGGGGCAAGAUGGCUCAAGUGGUUAUUGCGCAGAUUUACUAACCGGAAGGUCCGUGGUUCGAACCCGACCUCUAACUCUCGACUUCCCUUGUUUGGGCUUGGGAAACCUGGCAGUAUCUCAGCCCUCAUGCUUCCUUCGGGUGGCAUGGCAGCUAGGCACUGGAAGGGUGUUACAGCUGAACGAACCCACUAUUUAUCACGUAGACCAAACUUGGAAGAAUUUACAAGAAUAUAUGAUGUUGCAAACCGAUUGGCGAACUUACAGUUACAACGGUUGAAAGUAAAACCAAUGCAGGUGUAUGAGAACCUACGUGACCAACGCUGUGACAUCGUUUAUUCUUACCAGUUGUGCUCAAUAAGGGAUAGAUUUACUGAAUAA